AACUUCAGUCAAGUGACACUCCAGCAAUAUGGUCGCUUUAAAAUUAUUCUUCUUGACAAUUUUAACCUACGUCUACGUGUCAAACGGUAAUACGAUCACCAAACCGAUAGAACUGACAGGACCUGAACGAGAAGCUGCUGUAGAACGUUUAUAUACUGAACUGCAUAAAAUUGUUCUUGCAGGUGGUCCAGUAUUCAAAGUGUUGAGAGUUAAUAAGGUGACUAAUCAUAAAGUGAGUAGUUAUCCUUCAGACAAUCUUCGUUUAUCUGUGGAUACCUACGAUGUUGAUCUGGUUGUUGGAAGAGUUAUCAAGAAGUGUAUAGUCACAAUCGCAAUCCAACACAUCCUACACGACACGACGUUCCGUAAUUGGAUUACGAUAGUGUGUAAUGGGAAACUGGAAUUUAGAAACUAUGAAAUGAACUAUUGAACUAAUAUAUUUUUCCAUUUUGUGGUAUAUACGUUUUAAACUGCAAAAAAAGGGUUUGGGUUAUUAUUUUCAAAAUUUUACUACAGCAAUUUGUAUUUGCAAGAUUAAUAAUAAAAUUAGAUUCAGAAAAAGUGAAAAAA